AUGCGUUACGGAACGCGUUCUGAAACGUUGGAAAACGCAAAAAUAUGUACAACAGCAGCAAUGCCGCUCCAUGCAAUAUUGAUGCAAUCAGCGAACUUAACAGAUCAACCAACACCAUCACAACUUCUGUUGAAGUUUUUCAAUGAGAUGCAAACAGUACCAAUGCAUCUGCCAGAAACACCUAAUGAAGAUUUGAACGAUAACGAAACAGCGAUUGUUUUACAUGUUAUUCCGGCGUCCGAAGAUUUCACACGAUCAGAAUCGAUGAAAUUAUCGAAAGCGUACGAUCCAAAUGGUGAACGGCAAUUGAUUGCUGUUAGCAAAAUUGAUCAAUGUGACGAAGGUAUUGGACCGGGUGCAAUGGCAUUACGGCUAGGGUGUGUUGCCGUUUUGAAUCGAAAUCUUAAAGAACUUAAAGAAAAUAUUGGUUUUGAUGAAAUGAAAAACCGCGAGAAAAUAUUCUUCAAAACAAAAUCAAUAUUUGAUGAUAUACCAGAGGAUUUUAAAGGUAGUGAACAACUGGUGAAGAAAUUAGUUAAUAUACAACAGCAACGGAUUCGAUCAACAUUUCCGAAAAUAAUAGAAGAACUAAAACAGCAAAUCAAAACGAAAAAAGCUGAACUGAAACUAUUACCAAUAGCUUUAACAUCGGAAAUUGAUUGUUGGACGAAAUAUAAUGAAUUAAUUAGCUUAUAUCGCGAUAGUAUAUAUUCAAAAGUGAAUGGAAAAUAUGACUAUCACUUAGCAAUGAACGAAAACUAUUCACAAUAUGUCAUGAAAUUGAUCGAAGAAUCGUCUGGUAUUGGGUUGGACAAUUUUAUUUCAUUUGAAUUAUUUGUACAUUUGUACGAUGGCGAACACCAUAAAUUGGAAAAACCAUGUAUUGAUUUAAUUGAAAUUGUCAAAGAAUAUCUUGAACAAGUUUUGUUACUCUUGUUUGAUAAAAUAUUUUCCAAUACAACGUAUCCACCUGAAGAAGAGUGUUUGAAACGUGUUACUGAACUAUUAGAAAUGGAACAGCGUCCAUUUACACUAAAUGAAAGGUAUUUGGAGAUAAUCAAUAAAAUUCAACUAGCAUAUAAUGAACACAAAGGAAAAGCGAAUAAAAACAAUCCUUCAUCAGUCAAAACAGAAAUAAGAACUACACUAACGGUACCAUUUGAAUUGGACGGUUUACUUAUUGAAUUAUCGGCGGAGAAAGAGACAGCUAUUUAUUUACAAACCGCCUUACAUUCAUAUUGUAAAAUUGUUCAGCAACGUGUUAUCGAUAAUGUUAGCAUGAUUUGCUACUAUCAGUUUAUUACAAAAUGUGCUAUGACAUUAGAUAAAAAAUUAUUAACGAUGCUCACGUCAUCGGAGCGAUUUAGUUUGAUGAUGGAACCAGUCGCACAGAUUCAAAAACGUAAAGUGUUAACAGCAUCUAUUGACGUGUUUGAAAAAGCUCUUAAAUUAGGACAACAACAUGUUUAA